AUGCGUCCUUCCCUGAUCCUCGCAGCUCUAGCAGCAGCCUCCCCCUGCCUCGCCGGCCCCCUUGCCUACGCCCUCUGCCAAGCAGCCUGCAUGGCUCCAGUAGUGGCCUGCUACUCCGCUGCCGGCUUUGUCUUCGGCGCCGUGCUCACUGUCGCCGCUUCACCGGCCAUCCUGGCGUGCAAUGCCGCCCAAGGGACGUGCUAUGCCGGGUGUGCUGUUGUGGCUUUGACGCCUACGUUUCUGGCUGUGCAGCCGUCGUCACUGCCUGCUACGCAACUGCUGGUGACGCGUGGGGUGCCACGGCUGCUUGAUAUCUCUUUGAAAGACUUGAAGCCAACCAAGGAGAAUACCACAGCAAACCAACGCACUUUGCCUUUACCUUCUCUCGAAGAAACCCUCCGACCCUUCCACGUGACCGAGCCAGCACCACCACCAGGUACCUCGAGUACUUCGCCCGACGGAAUGAUUUACGUUCACGUAAUCCGUCACGCACAGGCCUUACACAACGCCGUACCGCGCAAGGACCGCGAAGCCUUCCUCGAUCCCAGGCUCACCGAAAAGGGGAUCCGGCAAGCAGAGUUCCUCCGGGAGGCCUUCCCCCACCACGAUAACGCCACCAUGUUCCUCUCCUCGCCCAUGUCGCGAGCCCUCGAGACGACGUUGAUCUGCUUCGAAAAAACGAUCCGCGAGAAGGGCCUGAAGAUCAUCGCCAUGGAAGAUCUUCGCGAGUGGGGCGUCUUUCCCUGCAACACGGGCUCCAAGAUCUCCACGCUCCUGCAGGAGUUUCCUGCGCUCGAGGAGACGUUGGAGGCGGCGCUGGUCCCGGAGAACUGGCGGGUGAAUUGGGAGAACGCUCUGGUGGAUCCAGCCUAUAUGGCGACGCGGGUGGCGAGAGUCAAGGAGAUGUUGUGGAACUUGGGCCAGAUGGCUCUGUCUGGGGGAGGAGCUCUGUAUGGGGGAGGAGAGUGGAAGAAGGGUGUGAAGGUACCUGGGAAGGGUGUGAAGAUUCCCGCGGUGGAAGAGGGUAAGGACUGCCAUAUCGUGGUGAUUUCGCACGGUGGGUUCCUGGCGGAGUUGAUGGGAGAGAGUAGGCAAAUGCUCAACACGCAGAUGAAGACUCUGGUGGCUACGAAGGAGGGGGAUCUGGUUUUAUUGGAGAAGCUCCUGCCUGAAUAG